AUGUCUGCCAGCGCAACAGACAAUCCUACCCCUCUUAGCUCGGCUCCUGCGAGUUUGAAGAGUGUAGACGCAGGCACCCUCGAACUUGGAGUUGAGAGUGCCUGGACCCGUGACAAUACCUUCGUCACGGGGGAGACUGGGAGUGAAAGCGUUCGCGCCGAGCCUCCGACAAAUGGGCACAGCACCCUGCUGGACAUAGACCAGUUGCCUAGUGGCACGAUCCCCGGAGCAUUUGACGUCCCGCCCGUAAAUAGACCCUUAUCAGUAGCUGAUAAAGACAAAUUAGAAAAACACUCGCCUAGCAUCCGUGGAGGAGCUAGUUCCGUCGCAAUGAGCUUGAGCCCGCCGCUAGGGCAACCAGACGUAGCGUACCCAAAAAUUGGACUAUUGGAUAGUUUGCAAUAUCAGCGAGCCCGCGUUGCUAACCCAGAAAUAAGAGCACAUACCCCUAGACUGACAGAAGUGUUCGACUGGGCUGACAGCCCUAACGACGAGGAACUGGGCGAGGUCCCAGAAUUCCCAACACAGGCACCCAACCGAGACCAACGCAAUGCUGUCUCGGCUACCUCGACGCCUCGUAUAGCAACUGAGCUAAAAGGAAAAGAGGUUGACCCACUGGAAAAGAAUAAGGGAACCAACACAAACCCGCCUAAAGAUUGGCUGGCCCAGUGGUCAGAAUUUGAUGAAGGGAUGGCUGAAGCCAACUGCCCAGGACCAGAUGAUUCUGACGAGUCCCUGAAGAACCUCUGGGACGACGAAAAUAGACGAGGGUCGAUCCAGAUCCAGAACUUGGCUCUACGCCGGUUCCGCAAAAUCGCCCGUGAUGAAUUGAACGACCAGGCAAACGUUGUCGACGAGCUGCGUGAGAGGGUACGCGAGCUUGAAAUCCUGGUCAUCCAAAGUCAGACUCGUGAAGACGAGGCCAGGAAGCAAGUGUCGGAAGCCCACAGGGCACCCACAAUUAGUAUCCAACAGAUGACUGAUGAGAAAAGGGGUCCCCCUGCACCUGAAAUGAAUAGCCAGCGUACAGGUAAACACCCUGUUAACCUGGGAGGUAAGCCUCCAGCUGAAUCACUCCAUCGAUUCCAGCGAGCGUCUUCCGUUUUGCCAGCGGGGAGUUCAGUGAAGCGGGCCAUGACAGGUCCACUUCACGACGCCAAUGACCCCGGACCCGACGACUCGCAGUCCUCCUCAGAUUCAUCUAGUGAUGAUGACGAGGAGUCGUCGACUGAGUCGGAUGAAGUUAGUAAACCGCCCAAAGGAAAACGGCAACGAGAACGCUCACCAAGGACAAAGGCCCUCACCCCGGAAUUUGGGGUUGAUUUCUUGGCCAUGGAGCCAGAGUCCGAACAUGAUAGCGACUCCGCUGACACUAAGAGACUUAAGCGCCGUGCCAGGAGAGAGUAUCGGGCCAAACUCAACCUACUGAAGUAUCAGCAAGGAUUCAUCAAAAAUGAGCCCCCGUUCAUCUAUAACGGUGAAGCCAAUGCAACCACGUUUAAGAAGUGGGUACGGGAGGUCCGUGAGUGGAAAGACCGAGCGCAACUCACCACUGGCCAAUCUCUGAGAAUGCUGGGUAAGUACCUAAGUGGUCAGGCCUACAGAUUCUUUGAGCGUGAUAUACUUGACCUGCGAAAGGGUUACUCACUCACGGAGUUCUUCGAGCAGCUGUUCGAUUAUGUAUUCCCGCCCGACUUCCGGAUGCAGCAGCGCCAACGGUUCCUUGAUUGCCGACAAGACGGAAAGCAGUCAGUUCGCGACUACCUACGCCGUCUCCGGGACUUGGCGGAUAUGGCAGGCGAUGUGGAUGACCGGGAGAUAGUCCGUCAGUUCUGGACGAACUGCAAGCCCUACCUUAAAGCCUCACUAGUAGAUAAGGGCUAUGAGCCAAAUACCGUUAGUUUAGAGGUCAUUGAGAAGAAAACUUUACGCACCGAAAGGGCGUUCAUAGAGAACUCUCGCGACCCCAGUAUCCUUCUCGCCCUGAACCCCACUGCUGCCGCCAGUGUCAUAAACCAACCAUCCGGAUACGAGCGAAGGGCUGGAAGAGAUCGUGAUCAGCCCCAUCGACGACGUGAUCGACGAGAACGCACCUCAUCCCUGUCAGCAAAUGCGAUCUCGAAUAGUAGGCCUCACCAACCUAAACCUCGAUCAUCUAACCCAUCCCACCCUGUCCACGACCGACCUAAGAAAAGCGCUGACGAGAUCAGGCGACUUAGGGAGCGUGACCUUUGCUUUGAGUGUGAGCAGAAGGGCCAUAUGGCCAAAGACUGUCCCAGGCGUCAUAAGCUCCCCUACCGACCGGGAACUAAGCUUGACUCACUACGAUCUAGCGCCGUUGGAGUUACCAGCGCUGAUAUCCGAACCGCUGCGAUAGAGGAAGGCGUGGUGAGAGGACUAUAUGGAAUGGCAAUUCAAGUGUCAACUAACCCCGAGCUAGAUGAUGCACGUCACUCACUGGUAGUCGAACGAUCCCUCGCUCUACUUCGUCUGGCCGUACCCCUCCCUACCGAUGAACUUGUCGACCCAAUAUACGACCCGUUCGCGUUGGAUCGCUUUACUCUUGACCACUGGGGGGGACCGGAUACAUAUCUCCUGUCAGAUAAGCAUAAUUAUGACUCUUACAUAGUAUAUUAUGAUCAGCUCAGCUGA